AUGAAAAAUCUCGAGGGUUUGAAAACAUGCAUGCGCCUCCGCCUGCACUCUUUCAGCGGCAGGGCAGGGAGGGGAUGGCAAGGCGGGGAGAGGCAGGAACGGAACGAAGAGAUGGGAAUGACGGGGAUGGCGGGAAUGACAGGAAGAGGCGGAGAUGGACAGGGAGGAGCAGUAACUGCAACUGUGGCGAGUAGCUGGAUGGCACCUGUGGGACUGCAGGAAUUACGGAGCUACCAGAGUAAUAUACUGCUUCUAAUGCAGUUCACCAAGCACAGAGGGGUUGCAGAAUUCUUGCAUUACUUCUCUACAUGAAAUUCCAUAUUCCACUCCGGAAUAAAUGAUCGCAGUUCUGCAAACUAUUUUUGAGGUAAAAUAAAUGAAUAAAUAAGAUACGUUUAGUGCUUUCGAUGAUACUAGGCCGCUGUCCAAUGGAAAAUGUUUGGUCAGACUUUCGCCCACAAGUGCGGCAGACAGUUACAGUGGAUCUGAGGUCACGGUUGAAGAUAGCUCUUGGCAGAUAUCGGGUGACUGACAUUUUUUCUUGCGACCACGUGACCACUGAUGUCUGCCGCAGCUGCAGCCAACAGCCUGAAAAAGAAUAAUUAGACUACGGCCCUUCAGCCCGGAAAACAACCCUUUCGUUGAAUCCACAUCAACUCUUAUAACCUACUGAGAAGAGCUUCUGUCAAUAAGCCAGAGCAAAACUCUUAAAAAUUAGUAUCUAAAAUUUCGUC